CCGAGAGAUCCGGAAGCAUAGGAUGAGAGAAAAAAACAUCCAAUAGUGACGUUUCACCCCGCGUAAACUGGGGUGGAACCACAAAUAGGUCAAUGACGACGCAGCUCCGAAAUAUCGAGCUCACGCAGCUAUCUGAAAGGGCCAGAGGUAUAAGAACCUCCUCGGUUCGCCCCUAUGAGCUGAUAUCUUUCCUCUCCAUCUCGCCAUCCCCAUCCAGACCAUCAGAGAAUCCGAGCUUCAGCAAUCUCCGCAAUACCAAAAACUACAUCUUCCUCCUCCUCUUCCUCUCACAAUCCACCAAAAACACCUCACACAAUGGCUGUCGAAAUCCCCAAGAUGCAGUGGGCGCAGGUCUUCGAGAAGAGCGGCGGUCCUAUCGAACUCAAGCAGAUCCCCGUGCCAACCCCAGGACCCGAUGAGGUUUUGAUCAACAUCAAGUACACUGGAGUGUGCCAUACCGACCUCCACGCAUGGAAGGGCGAUUGGCCUCUUGACACCAAGCUUCCCCUCGUUGGAGGCCACGAAGGAGCCGGUGUGAUUGUCCAGGUCGGAGAACUCGUCAAGGACUUGAAGGUUGGCGAUCAUGCCGGCAUCAAGUGGCUAAACAGCUCUUGCGGCGCAUGUGAUUUCUGUAUGGCCUCUGAUGAGCCCCUCUGCGGUGACGCCGUCCUCUCCGGCUACACUCGCGACGGAACCUUCCAGCAGUACGCCGUCGUCAACGCCGGCCAUGCCGCACGCAUUCCCAAGCACCUCCCUCUCGACGCCAUGGCGCCCAUUCUCUGCGGUGGUAUCACCGUGUACAAGGCGCUGAAAGAGUCUGGCGCGAAGCCCGGUAACACCGUCGUCAUCACCGGUGCCGGAGGAGGUCUCGGAACACUUGCCCUGCAGUACGCAAAGGCGAUGGGAUUCCGAACCAUUGCUGUGGACUCGGGUGAUGAGAAGAAGCAGAUCUGCACUCAGCAGCUCGGUGCCGAGGUCUUUGUCGACUUCAUGAAGGAGGACGUCGUCGAGUCCGUCAAGAACAACACUGGCGGUCUGGGUGCACACGCUGUCAUUCUGUUGGCUGUUUCCGAGAAGCCCUUCCAGCAGGCUACUGAGUACUGCCGAAGCCGAGGUGCCGUCGUCUGUGUCGGCUUGCCGGCCGGCGCCAAGAUCUCGGCGUCCGUGUUCCCCACGGUCGUGCGAAUGUUGACCAUCAAGGGCAGCUACGUCGGUAACAGACUGGACACCCAGGAGGCUAUCGACUUCUUCGCUCGCGGAUUGAUCUCGGCACCCUUCAAGGUGGUCAAGAUGUCGGAAUUGCCCAAGAUUUACGAGCUCAUGCAGGCCAACCAGAUCGCCGGCCGAUAUGUGUUGGACACCAGCAUGUAAAUGCGGAGGGUUUGUCCGGUAAUGUGGUAUGAAUUUGAGAUGAUUGCUUUGCUUUUGCUUUUGUCUGUGUUGUCCUUCUCUGUCAUGUCCGAAUGGGAUUCAAUGCUAGAAAUACAUAUGA